AUGUCUGAGGAAUGUGAUCAUAUUCAAUUAAAUACUUUCCAACUUUUAUUCAUAGAUACAGUUAAUCAAAAAGAUUCUUUAAAAGUAGCUGGUACUCUUCUUCUUAAUACAUCAAAGAAAAUGCUCCAAGAUACAAGAGAGUUUCCUUGUAUAGAAUGCUUAAAAUGUGUCUCUUCAAUUUUGUUAGAUUUUAAUAAUCUUAAACCACUACCGAAAAGUAUCUUUAAGGAACAAGAAUGGUCUAGAGAAUUGGGAAAAGUUUUAGAAAGAAUAAUGAAAACUAAAAAUAUAGAGUAUAAUUAUAUUACAUUAGCUUUUAAUAUUAUUCCACAACUUUUUUAUCUUACUGACGAUUUAUGGCUUCAGGGGAAUGAUACAUUUUUCAUACUUAUUAUAUCUCUUUGUGAAGUAAGGUUUAGAAUGAUUUUGGGUGAUUACGACAAAAUUAAUAUUAAAGAUGUAGAUGAUGUUUGUGAUAUUAUUGAAUUUGUUGUUAAAGAGAUUGAAAAUGGAAAUUACAUGGAUUCUUUAGCAACAAAGUUAAGUUUUUUAAUACAAAAAUCUAUUUCAUUUCUUUGUGAAUGGAUUCAUGAAAUUUAUAUAGAAAAAUUAACUAUUAAUCAGAAAGUUGAAGAAAGAAUAUACAUGUUAAUUAUAGAAUUUUUUUCAAUAGGUGGUUGUGAAAUGAUUAAUACAACAAUUCUUAAAGAUACCAUUGAAGCAUUACAGUCUAUUUCUUUACGUUAUCUUAGAGAAAAUUUUGCAAAAGGAAGAUCUUUAGUAUGUGUUUUAACUAAUUCUUCAUCAUUUCCUGACUCAACACUAAAAUUUCUACUAGAAUAUAUAACUUUUUCUCUUGAUAACGGUUAUAACAAUGCUUUAGAAGAUUUAUACUUAAUAUUGAAUGAAUUUAAGGAUAGAUGUGACUUUUACGAUACUGCAUCUUUACAAGAAUUAAAAAGAUUAUCUGAAAAGAUAAAUAAUGAUAAGAUUAAGGAGAUUGUAGAAAAAUUAUAA